AUGGUGAAGUAUGGUCUAGUUGAUAAUGAUUGGCUACAAAAUCUAUAUAAUCGAUGGGAGAAGUGGGUUCCAACUUACUUGCGAACCACGUUUUGUGCUGGUAUGUCAACCACACAAAAGAGUGAGAGCUUGAAGAAAUUUUUCAAGGAUUAUGUUCGUUCAAGCACGAUGGUGAGUGACUUUGUGCAUCAGUAUGAGAAAACCUUAGAUGCACGCUAUUUUAAAGAGAAAGAGAAGGAUGUGAGAACGAAAUCGAUUAGGGCAGUUUUGAAAACAUGUUGGGCAAUUGAAGAAGAGGCGGCCAAAGUGUAUACUAGGAAAUCUUUCGAAAUAUUUCAAGAUGAGCUAUUUAAUAGCCAACGGUACAAAGCUACCAAAGUUCAGAAAAAUGGUGAAAGUAAGAUGUAUGAGAUGACACCUAAUGGCAGAGAUAAACGUGUUUAUUAUGUGAAUUUGGAGAGUGGAGAAGCGAAGGCAAUAUGUACAUGUCAUAUGUUUAAGUUUCUUGGUAUUAUUUGUAGGCAUAUCCUAUGUGUCCUUGCAAAAAAAUCAAAAUUAGAUGUGUUGCCUUCGCACUAUGUGAUAGAAAGAUGGACAAUCAAUGCUAAGAGUCGAGCAAUACUUGAAAUACCAGUUUAUGAGGGGCAUGUAAUGAUACAAGAAGAUCCGAUAAUGCGAAAAAAUAAGUUGAUGAUGCAGUUUUACGAUAUUACAUAA